UCAAGCACUUGAGUCUCGGCAGUCAGGAAAGUUGGUUUGAACUUCCGAGGAAGUAAUGGGACUUCAAGAAGGGGACAAUGGGGGGAAAGCUGACUUGAUAAAACAAGUAUCUUAUUGUUACAUGUCGUCUCAUAUCGCAUCGUCUCGCGUCUUAGAUUUCUGAACACUUGGAUUUUUAAUUUUGGAUUGAGUCAGAACUCUAAUCAACGGAGUGAUAUUCAACACUUAAACGACAGGAACGGCUGUGGCUGUGGCAGACCUCUUUAAGAUUUCCAUUUUACCUUUGUGUUUUGCUAUUAAAGAGAACACACGUUGCGGAGAUAUGUUUUGUAGCUGCGUUAAAUGAGUUUGCUGGAAUUCCCCAGAGGUUUUGGAAUGUACGCACGACAGAAUUUGUCAGCCCUACUUACGAUUUUGUUCCUUAUUUUUACAUUAUUUGUAACGGUAGGUAUUUGCACAGACCUUAAAGUAUUAGUUCGUUUGAGUGAUGGGCAAAUUACAGAGGAAACUCUGGAGGCAGACAGUGAGAGGGAUGUUAUCACUGUGGAAUUCAAGCAAGGAGAUGGCACUCUCAUAACAGUCUUGGCUGACUUUAAACGGCAUGUGAAGAUCUUCCGUGCCCUUGUUCUUGGGGAACCGGAGCGGGGCCAGACGCAGUACCAAGCCCUCUGCUUCAUCACACACCUCGACCCUCGCGAGUUCAUCCCCACUGAAUCCAUGGCCAGGCUCCGACAGAAAAACUCCCACGUGGUGCGCUCGGCCGACGAGAGCCGGGGGCCAGAGCAGCUCAGCAUGGAUGUGGCCGUCAACCUGACCCAGGCCUGGCAACUGAGCGCCCACAUCCGCAACGUCUGUGGCGAGGCCCAGCAGGCCUACACCAGCCAGGCAGAUGUGACCCGCUGGACUGGGAGAGGACUGCAGAGAUCCAUGUUUGAGGUCCAGCCCUCCGAUCCAGACGUGCCCACUCCGCUGGCCUGCUCAGUGGCCACAGGCCUGUGGGAGCCCUGCCUGUGCUCGUACCGCCUGAGUCUGGAGUGGUACCCCUGCCUGCUCAAGUACUGCCGCGGCAGAGGCCCCAGCCCCUACAAGUGCGGCAUCCGGAGCUGCAGCAAGAGCUUCCGUUUCAGCUUCCACACGCCACACAGACAGCUCUGCCUCUGGGACGAGGAGGCGUAGGAAGCUGUGCCCGCGCCCAGUCUGCAGAGGAACAGUGCCCAGCCGUAUGCCCAUAUGUUCACAUGCCAAGUGUGCAAAGCUCGAUGUUCUCCUCCUCACCAACAGUCGAGAUAUUUUUUUUUCUCUGAAUCUGUGAACGUCAAAAGAUGUGUGCCUUUCUGACACGCUGUGUGUGCGUGCUCCAGAGCCAGAGUAUGUGGAAGACGGUGUCACGGGGACCCGUCCCACUCACUGUGUUAAGGGAUAAUUAGUAUGCUGUGCAGUGGUGUCAUGAUCUAGUGACCAGUGGUCCCAAAGUCCCAUGCUGGAUGCCUUGACCCCCGAGGACCUGCCGGUGUCUUAGUUUGACUUUCUUACAUAUGCAGUUUUUUUUUUAUUAUUGUUAUUAUUAUUAUUAUUAUUAUUGUUGUUAUUGUAUUAUUUAUGAACAACAGUAGCUGGUUAGAUAUCCAUGAAGCUAAAAAUAUCUUUAUAGCACUAAAAAAAACAAGUUUGGAUUAGAUUAUCUGAUUGGAAACUUCAGAUCACAACUUGGUCGUAGCACUCGCAGUGAACCUGUACCUCAUACAAGUGUCUUUUUUUUGUUCAGUUUCAUAAUGAUCAUAAUUGACAUUUACAAUUACACACAUUGCCCUGCCUUAAGUAUGCUGUGGUACUAUGACACCACACAUUGCCCUGCCUUAAGUAUGCUGUGCUACUAUGACACCACACAUUGCCCUGCCUUAAGUAUGCUGGCCCACUAUGGCAUGCUGGGCUUUAAGCCUCACAGUAUAUGAAAUGUAUUCUCAGUGCCUUUGUCCUAGGGGUCUCACUUGUUUUUACAGAGGUGCUUGAGCUGUUUUGCCACCAGCUGAUCUUGUUAUGCUUGGGUAGUGAGGCAUUCUGUGCUAGAUGUGUCUCUGGUGUUAAAUGUUAAUUAAGUGUUAUAUUGAGGUUGAUAAAAUGUUUGUAAAAUGUUUGUAAAGGUUAUUAUUGACUGAGAUUAUUCACGCCAGUUGAAAAUGCUACAUACCCCAGACUUGGGUAUUAGACCGAGGUGUCUAUGUUCAGGUAACCGUCCCUCAAAGGGUGUCCGUUUUUGCACCAUAUCCUUUGAUUUAAAGAUGUUUUUUUCAUACGUAGACAUGUUGCACGCAUCUGUUGACACUCACAGACAGAAUGUCCCUGUUGGAUGGUAAUGGGACGUGUAGUAGAUGUCCAGGGGUUUCUCUACAUUGUUUGUAUGCCCUAUUGUCAUCACUACUGGUGAUCAUAUUCACCAUUAAUGACAUGAACGUGAUGCUAAUAUUACUGUGAACUGACACAAGCCAAAUAUGGUCCAAGUUGCAACAUACGUGUAUGUAGAAUAUUGAGAUAUAAAUCUUUAACUAUUUUUUUACAACUAAAUCUAAGGGUAUUACCUGCAUUUGUGAUGGUUAAAUAAAAUGCUGUUCUUACAAA